AUGGAUUUCACCUGGGACGAUGUAGUUCAGGAAUUUUCUCUCUUCGGGAUAGAAUUUGCCGAGGACAUCAUACCAGAGCGAUGUCUUCAAUUUUGCAAAAAACAUUCGCUGGGGCCAUCAGACUUCUGCGAUGCCUGGGUCGCAUGGGCGAAAGGAGCGAUCAUCACGUACAACACCGAAACGUUGGAAAAAAUGAUAUUGGAUUUCGAGAAGCAGAAACAAAGCGUCCCACCGCCUCCGAAAACGCCCAGCCACGGUGCUCAGAAGAGAUCCGUUACGUCGGCGAUUCUUUCCCCCGCCCUAUCAACCCCCAAAAGGCAAAACAACGGCAAUCCGCUGUGUGCUUCCUUUACCGACGGAACCGAUUCGACGCCAGCCCGAGUUUACAAGUCCGGAAGACGCACUGGUCAAGUGGUUGCUAGCUACAAGGGACGGGACUUCGCGGAAUUCGAAAACCCACAGGUCAAGAAAAUCGACAGCAGGCCUGUCAACGACGUGGAGGUCCAAGGCCGUCUUCAGAACAAGAAUCGCACUGAGAUGAAUCUUGCGGUGCUCGAGCGCCUGGGUCGGAUGAAGGAGUCCUUCGCUCUCGCGGACAAGGACUUGAAAGACAUUAGCGGGGGCUUCCUCUCGGACGGUGACAUCGUUUACGGAAUGCUGCGUCCUCCGAAAAGACCGAACCUCCCCUUUCUCCUGUACGGAGACUAUGAGGUCUCUCGCUCGUCAAGCACACCGGUCUUCCCGAAGUUCCCCGCCUUUCCAGGUCAGGUAAUCCUGGCCAAAGUCGGCAACCCGGCGAACCAGGCUCGAUUUCUGGACGAAAGCUUCGAGCCGGAGCUCCCACCCCUGCCGUCUCCGGUGAACUUGAAGUCUGGUCUCAGGAUUCUAGUCGUUGCUGGACCUUACACAACGCUCGAUACGAUGUCAUACGAGCCGUACCAUGAUUUCAUUGAACAAUUGAUCCGAGAAGAGCCCGAUCUGGCGAUACUCGUCGGCCCAUUCGUCGAUGCCAACCACAAGAAGCUCUCGACGAACCUCGAUUGCUCCUUUGAAGAAUAUUUUCUGCAACUCAUCGCCCACCUGGAGAACAAGCUCACCGGGAAGAAUACCCGAUUAUAUAUUGUAGCCAACCAUAGGGAGAACCACGGCUCCAGUCGAGCGUUUCCAACCGAACGCUACUGCCUCCCCGCCGACAGCCGCGUAACUUGUCUGAACGAUCCCGCCAUUCUAGAUGUGAACGGAAUCCAGAUCGGAGUCUCGUCGACGGAUAUCAUUCGUGGAAUGACCGAGUCUCUGGUCAACGUCGAGGAAAAUCUCGACGUGAACCGCUUUUGUGCGCGGGCGCUGCUCCAGCAGCGCAGCUUCUAUCCGCUUUUCCCUCCGCACGCGGAACUCGCUUUGAGAUUACCGCUAUUGAAUCGAAUGAUGUUCGACGUGAGGCCGCAUAUUCUCGUGUUGCCGGCGACUGUCGCACCGUUUGCUUUCGAGGAGGAGAGAACCAUGGUUGUCAAUCCAGGCAGUCUCGUGAAAGGUAUGGACGCCGGUAGUUAUGCGAUACUAGACAUCGCUCCCUUCAAAGGCGACUCGGUGGUGGACUCAUCUCGAGUGAAAGUGGUGCGGAUUUGAAAAACGAGAAAUUAAAGGACAAUCAUCGUGGGUUUACUGGUUUCAGAUGUAAAUAAAAGUCGAUGGACAAAUUU